AUGCUGCAUCACGCAUCACUCGCUCGGUCGUGCGAGUUCAUGUCAGCCUGUGUAGGGAGGUGGAUGGGCUGGUUGGGGGCGAGGGCGGGGUGGGUAAGGACUGGGGCUGGGAAUGGGGCUGAAGCUGAGGAGAGGAGGGUGUGCUUUGAAUGGGGAGGUAUUGUGGCAGUUGGCUGCAGUGUCACUGGCGUUCCAAGGUUUGAUGUUGCCGUUGGUGUUCACAGCACAGCACUGUACUGGUCAAGUUGGCAGCCGUACGAGUACAUAGAGGACAUCUGCUGGUCCCCCUUCUUUCAGCCUUACGGACGGAUAGUCCAGCCCUACGGACUCGCGUCGCAGAUCUAUCUGAUCGACCCUUUUGACCCACUUUGGUGGGGUUGUUCUUUGUGUUCCUCUCUUGCUUUUCAGCGGGAUUCCUUCGGCAGGGGGGCUGUGUGUGUGUGUGUGUGUGUGUGUGUGAGGAUGCCUAAUGUUGGGCGGCCGUCGAGGGGGUGUAAGAAUUGUAGGGAUAGGAAAGUCAAGUGUGACCAGAAACGGCCGUCGUGCUCCCAAUGUCUGAGGGCGCAGAAGGAGUGUCAUGGCUAUCGCGAUCCGCUGUCUAUGAUGUUCAAGAAUGAGAGUGUGCAUGUGGCGCGUAAGGCGGAGAGGAGGUAUGAAGAGUUGGCCAAGGCGAAAGGGGGAGGAGAUGGGAAGAGUAGGGGGUCGGAUAUGCUUAUGCUUACGCCAGUAUUGCAUGAGGGAAAUACGGAUGUGUUUUCUUUUGGCAAGGAGUGGGGUUCUGCGAGGCAUUCAAGUACAGAUAUGGAUAGUUGGUCGCCGUACCGGUAUCCUACGCCAAAAAGCAUGAGGAGGGAACUCGUACCACCGAUGGAACAACAGGCUCUCGGCUUCUUCAUCGCCAACUAUGUUGCCCAGCCAGGACUGAUUCCCCGAGGGCAAUUCGAAUGGGUCACCGAGCUUCUCUGUCGAGAUGAUGUCGAUGACGCAUUUCGAGAGAGCGUCAAUGCUGUCAGUUUGGCCGGAUACGCAAACACUUGCAAGAGUCCGGCCAUCAUGCAAAAAGCCCAAGCAGCCUAUGUCUCUGCCCUUCGCUCCACCAACGCUUCUCUACGCGACCCCACACUCGCUGUGAAAGACAGCGUCCUUGUCUCCGUCAUCAUGCUGGGCAUGUACGAGAACAUGAUCUUCCACGACAAGCGCUCCAUUGAAGCCUGGGCCAAACACGUCCACGGCGCCUGCACCCUCAUCAACCUGCGUGGGCCCAUGCAGUUCAAAUCUAGCAUUGCCCGUCGAAUUUUCCACCAGUUCUACGGCGUUGCCCUACUUGUCGCGCUCGAAACGGGAACAACGGUGCCUGAAGGCCUCAAAGGCCUAUACGAACAUCUUCGUCCAAAAUCCGACUACGAAAUCCACGGCCGCCAAUGGACGACCCGCAUCGUAGAAGUCAUGCACGACGCCAUCAAUCUCAACCAAGACAAGCGUGCAGACCCUAAAACCAUGCUCGCCCGCGCCCUCCAAAUCGACCGAGAACUCGACGAAGUCAAGGCCCUGAUGCCGAGUAUCUGGCACUACGAAACCGUCCACCUAAACACUCCCUCGCCAUACCACUACGGCGCAUUCUACAGCGUCUACAUCGACCCCUGGAUCGCGCAAAUGUGGAACAAUCUCCGCUCCUGCCGCAUGUACCUCUACAAAGCCGUACGCGAAAAUCUGAAAAAGGGCUGCGAAGCCUACGACCCCCCUCUCUUCAGCGAAGCCGAAGCCUUGCCCCAGAAACUCGGGGCCGAACAAGUCAUGCAUGCCACGGUCGCGGGCAUCAUUGCUUCUGUCCCGCAAAUCACGGGCAUGUUGCCCUUCCCCCGCGCCUCGGAGUACCGCUCCUUUACAGCUUCCCAACCACCCACUGCGGCGCCCCGAGCCCGUAUCUCGGCACGCCCUGCGCUCCAGCCGCCUGGUACGUUUCUCGACCCGGCCAAGAGCCCGGGGAUGAUGCAUUUGAUUUGGCCGCUGUAUGCGGCGGGCCAGAGCGAUUUGGCGACGUAUGAGAUGCGGGAGUGGUGUAUUGCGACGCUGCAGUUUAUAGCGAGGAGGAUUGGGACGAGGCAGGCUGUUGUGUUGGCGGAGGAGUUGAAGGAGACGCAGAGGGUGGGGAGGAGGUCGGGGAAUGUUACGGAUACGUUGGAGAGUAUGGAUUUCUUUUUUGAUAGGGUGUCUGCUGGGGUGGAAGGGGGAGGAUAG